ACUCCGAUAUAGAAUCAACCAUAGUCAGAUGCUUGUUAUAAAGCAGUGGGCUGUUCCCGGCCCCGCCUUUACCACAGUGCUCUUAGCGCCUCAGUUAGUGACAGACAGUGUCACUCACAGUCACACUCUACCGUGUCAAGACUCUUCCCUCUCCUCACUCUCACCGUCCCGGCUGCUCAGUCACCAUGGCGACCGGCGCUGCAGGCCGCCCCUACCAGAUAGUCAUAUUCGGGGCUUCGGGAUUCACUGGGCAGUUCGUGGUGGAGGAAGUGGCCCGGGUGGCGGAUGGCGUGGAUUUCAGGGGCAAGGAGCUGCGCUGGGCUGUAGCUGGCAGGAGCCAGAGGAAGCUGGAGGAAGUGCUGCAGAGGGCCGCGGACAACCUGGCUAGGCCACAGCUGAAGUCCAUCGACAUUAUAAUAUGUGACAUUGGUGAUCCCUCCUCCCUUGCUGAUAUGUGUAAGAAAGCCUCCGUUGUUCUCGACUGUGUGGGGCCAUACAGGUUUUAUGGUGAACCGGUGGUGAAGGCUUGUGUUGAAAAUGGAGCAAACUUUGUUGAUAUCAGUGGAGAACCCCAAUUCCUUGAAUCAAUGGUCCUGAAGUAUGACAGCCAGGCAGCCGAUAAGGGGGUAUAUAUUGUCGGCAGCAGUGGCUUUGACUCCAUUCCAGCUGAUUUAGGAGUUAUAUUUACUAGAAACAGCAUAAAAGGUACACUGACCGGUGUAGAAAGUUUUUUAUCCUUUAAGUCUGGACCAGAGGGCACAUGCAUUCAUGAUGGAACAUGGCAGUCUGCCAUUCAUGGUAUCGCCGACCAGGGUAAUCUGAGGAAACUUAGAAAGCAGUUGGCUCUCAAACCACUUCCAGUUGUUGGUAAAAAGUUAAAAAGAAGGGGUGCAGCCUUCUACAGUGAUGAGGUAAAGCAGUACGCCAUUCCCUUUCUGGGAGCAGAUGCUGCUGUUGUCAGGAGGACCCAGCGCUACCUACAUGACAGUCUGCAGGAAACUCCUGUUCAGUACGCUGCAUAUGUAUCAGUGGGUGGUGUUAUGUCUGUUAUCAAAAUGAUGUUUGCAGGACUCCUCUUCCUACUUUUCACAAAAUUCAGCGUUAUGCGAAAACUUCUGAUAAAAUAUCCGAAAUUCUUUUCAUUCGGUUAUUUCUCUAGCGAAGGACCAACAAAGAAACAGAUGGAGGAAGCCUCUUUCACAAUGACGUUCUUUGGGGAGGGUUACAGCCAGGACCAAGAUCCCCAGCAAGGGAAACCGAAUAUAAAAAUCUGCACACAGGUGUCAGGACCAGAAGCUGGAUAUGUUACUACUCCAAUAGCAAUGGUGCAAGCUGGUGUGACCAUUCUAAAGGAACCAAGCUCUCUCCCAAAAAAAGGUGGCGUUUACACCCCAGGAGCAGCCUUCUCUAAAACCAAACUGAUUGAACGUCUCGACAAAGCCGGCAUCCAUUUUUCAGUCAUCAGCAAGACGGAAGCCUGAGAUAUAGAUAUAUAUAUUGCACUAUAAUUACCAUGCAUGACUAGUUGAAAUAAUGGGUAACUUAGCCCACAUUACUACAGAUAAUACAUGACAUUCAUUAAUUUUCAUUUGUAAUCUUACUACAGUAAUAAAGUACAUUCUAAUAGAAA